AUGUACGAAUCGCAGAUCACGUUGGUGAUGGACACCAUCUGUCCUUGGACAUACUUAGGAAAGAAGAGACUUGAUGAAGCCCUCGCUCAGUUCCGCUCUUCUCCUUCAUCAUCCUCGAUCUCAUUUGAUCUCCAAUUCUCAUCCUACCAGCCCAGUCCCAGCCGUCCUGAAACCAUUCCAGACCGUGCUGCACAUGCUCUCCACGAGAAGCACAAUGACAACAAAGAAGCGCAGAAGCUCUUUGAGGAGCACAUGAUCUCACUCGCUAAGCCGCUGAAUAUCCCAAUCGCCUUUACAGGACCAACUGGCAAUUCUCUCCCAGCUCACCGGAUCAUUCAGCAAGUCCAAGAGUCUCAUGGACCCGAAGUAACCAACAAGCUUGUUGAUGCAUUGUUCAGAUUGUACUUUGCUGAGGGGAGACACCCUGGUGAAGACGAAAUGUUGAUCGAGGCAUGCGUUGAAGCUGGCGUUGAUGAGAAAGAGGCAAAGGACUUAGUUGGAGACAAAACAAAGGGUGAGAGGAAAACAAAAGAGGACAUCAGAAGCAUCGGUAUGGAUAUCGACUCGGUCCCGACUGUCAUCAUUGAGGGGCGAAGGCGAGAUUUGACGCUCACAGGAUUGAAAGAAGUGUCGGAAUACGUCAAAGCAAUGGAGACAAUCAAGAAAGAGAGCACAUGA